CUGAUGAUCAUUGCUUGGAUGUUGUUUGUUGGCAUCACAACCAUCGUUUCUCGUUAUUACAAAGAGUUCAAGGCGGAUUCCAACAUGUUUGGUACAAAAUAUUGGUUCCAAAUUCACCGGGGAAGCGCAGUUAUUGCUUGGUUCAUCACGGCGGCCAGUUUUGUCAUAAUUUUUGUAAAGGUCAAAGGGCUUUCGACGACGGCAGAAAUCCACGCCUACCUCGGUAUAGCUCUGAUGUCAGCAUGUACCCUACAAAUAGUAUGCGGUGUGGCGCACCCUGACUUGAAGUCUCGUUUGAGGCCAAUUUUCAAUUGGGGUCAUUGGUUCCUUGGGAAAUCGUGUCACCUCUUGGCAGUCCUGUCGUUCUUCUUCCUGUUUGGGAAGGCCACCAUUAUUCCUUCUUACCAGAGGAGUGCUGGGCUUAUUCUGACGACGACCUGGUUUGCCGUUCAAAUGAUUUGGGAAGGGUUUUUCGAGUUCAGACAAUGUCGACACCGUAAAGGCAAUUCGGCCGAUGGCGCCUCUUCAAGCACAACGCCUGCAAAGCUUACAAGGAUGGAUUAUGUUUUGUUUUUCCUGUACAUUGUAUCAAACAUUAUAUUAGUUGUGGCAGGCAUUUUGAUUACCAUGUUUUAGAUCAAAAUCUACUGGCAUAUAUAUGAGGUACAAUUAAAUAAAUUGUGUCCAUAGUCUUAAAUUAAAACAGGUGAAACCAGAUAGAACAAAGCCAUGACAGUCUGAUAAUUGUGGUUCUCUGAUUUUCAUUUCAAUUAAAUGCUUAAUAGUAUGGGAAUGGUAGAAUUUCAAUUAUGACAAUCUAAAGAAAAUAGAGGGAGUCAGGCCGAGGUAGCCCGCUCCAUUUUCUGUAGAUAGAACUUUUUUGGUGUUUUUGGUGCAUUAGUAUGAAUCGAUCAAUGUAAAAUUAUUGAACAGAAAAUUUGAGAAAUGCUCGAUUGACAUUGCCCCUCCCCCCCGAUAUUUUUUUUUCAAACACCAAAUAUAUAUAACCUAUUACAACUGACAUUAGUUUAACAAGUAAGUCUUAGUGGUAUAUAAAACUUUUUAGUGCAUUCGUCUGAUUGUGUGCAUUCGUCAUAACGUCAUUGUGUGUAUCUUAAUUUUCUAACUGUAUUUGCUAUUUUUAUAAAUUGUAACGACUAAAGUAUCCUAGACAAUGUUACUUAUUUAAUGCUUAAGAUUUUAGAUGAAGUUGGACGAAAUUAUUUAGUUAGAACAUUUAAGAACAUUCUAUUUGUG